CCCCGCCUCUCGGCCCAGCUCCUUCCUGCGGCUCUGCGGUGCGGCCCUCAGGGUGAGCCGGGCGGGGUUCCGGGGGUCCGCGAUCAGCCCCGGAGACGGGGUGGGGUCGCCCCAAACAGGAGCGCCCGGACCGCUGGGACCCCGCACUCGGCGUCCGCCGCCGCCGGGUUGCCGGGCAGUGGAGGUACCGGAUGAGGCGACAAUUUUUCCGGCCCCCUCCCAGUCCCGCCCCACUUCCGGGGCCGCCACUUUCACUUUCUCUUCCGCCGAAGCCGCUCCCCUUGCGAAGAACUGGGGCCUCCCGGGAGGAGAGAGGGCUUUGCGUUGAAACCCGGGACGCCAAGGGCGCUCCCGCAAGUGGGGGUCCUCCGGGACCUGGAACGCCCCGGCUGGGCGGUGUCCGGGCGUCCUUUCCCCGCUUCUCCCCACCUCGGCUAGUCCCGUUUCCUCUUGCGCCCAGUGCGGACUUGUCUCGGCGCCCUCUGCCCUCUCACCGCCCCACACAGGAUCCCGGCCUAGUCACCGGGCAGUGUGAUGCUUCCCGACUGCCGCGGGGACAGCGAGGCACAGACAGGGCUUGGGCCGCGCCGGAGGCCACACGGCCUGGCUGAGUUGCUCCUGGUCUGCCGCCUCUCCCAGGCGACCCGGAGGUAGCAUUUCCCAGGAGGCACGGCCCCCCCCCCAGGGGGAUGGGCGCAGCCACGCCAGAUGGACGAGAAGACCAAGAAAGCAGAGGAAAUGGCCCUGAGCCUCACCCGAGCAGUGGCGGGCGGGGAUGAACAGGUGGCAAGGAAGUGUGCCAUCUGGCUGGCAGAGCAACGGGUGCCCCUGAGUGUGCAACUGAAGCCUGAGGUCUCCUCAACGCAGGACAUCAGGCUGUGGGUGAGCGUGGAGGAUGCUCAGAUGCACACUGUCACCAUCUGGCUCACAGUGCGCCCUGAUAUGACAGUGGCGUCCCUCAAGGACAUGGUUUUUCUGGACUAUGGCUUCCCACCAGUCUUGCAGCAGUGGGUGAUUGGGCAGCGGCUGGCACGAGACCAGGAGACCCUGCACUCCCAUGGGGUGCGGCAGAAUGGGGACAGUGCCUACCUCUAUCUGCUGUCAGCCCGCAACACCUCCCUCAACCCUCAGGAGCUGCAGCGGGAGCGGCAGCUGCGGAUGCUGGAAGAUCUGGGCUUCAAGGACCUCACGCUGCAGCCGCGGGGCCCUCUGGAGCCAGGCCCCCCAAAGCCCGGGGUCACCCAGGAACCCGGACGGGGGCAGCCAGAUGCAGUGCCUGAGCCCCCACCGGUGGGCUGGCAGUGCCCCGGGUGCACCUUCAUCAACAAGCCCACGCGGCCUGGCUGUGAGAUGUGCUGCCGGGCGCGCCCCGAGGCCUACCAGGUCCCCGCCUCAUACCAGCCCGACGAGGAGGAGCGAGCGCGCCUGGCGGGCGAGGAGGAGGCGCUGCGUCAGUACCAGCAGCGGAAGCAGCAGCAGCAGGAGGGGAACUACCUGCAGCACGUCCAGCUGGACCAGAGGAGCCUGGUGCUGAACACCGAGCCCGCCGAGUGCCCCGUGUGCUACUCGGUGCUGGCGCCCGGCGAGGCCGUGGUGCUGCGUGAGUGUCUGCACACCUUCUGCAGGGAGUGCCUGCAGGGCACCAUCCGCAACAGCCAGGAGGCGGAGGUCUCCUGCCCCUUCAUUGACAACACCUACUCGUGCUCGGGCAAGCUGCUGGAGAGAGAGAUCAAGGCGCUCCUGACCCCUGAGGAUUACCAGCGAUUUCUAGACCUGGGCAUCUCCAUUGCUGAAAACCGCAGUGCCUUCAGCUACCAUUGCAAGACCCCAGAUUGCAAGGGAUGGUGCUUCUUUGAGGAUGAUGUCAAUGAGUUCACCUGCCCUGUGUGUUUCCAUGUCAACUGCCUGCUCUGCAAGGCCAUCCACGAGCAGAUGAACUGCAAGGAGUAUCAGGAGGACCUGGCCCUGCGGGCUCAGAACGAUGUGGCUGCCCGGCAGACGACAGAGAUGCUGAAGGUGAUGCUGCAGCAGGGCGAGGCCAUGCGCUGCCCCCAGUGCCAGAUCGUGGUGCAGAAGAAGGACGGCUGCGACUGGAUCCGCUGCACCGUCUGCCACACCGAGAUCUGCUGGGUCACCAAGGGCCCACGCUGGGGCCCUGGGGGCCCAGGAGACACCAGUGGGGGUUGCCGCUGCAGGGUAAAUGGGAUUCCUUGCCACCCAAGCUGUCAGAACUGCCACUGAGCUAAAGAUGGUGGGGCCACAUGCUGACCCAGCCCCACAUCCACAUUCUGCUAUGGGGCAGGGCUGGGCUUGGGGCUCUGGCUCCAGCUUCUGGCUGGGAGAUGCUUUUGUGCAGAGACCAAGUCCCUGAGCUUCGUGGAUGGCCUUGCUUGCUGUAGCGUUGUAGGGGCCCUGCCUGCACUGCUGUUGUCCACGGUCACAUCUGCCCCAGUGCCUUUGUCCUUCCCUUGGGGCUUGCCGGCCAGACUUCUCUCCCCUGCAGCUCCCACCUCUGCCUGACCCCAGCCUUAAACAUAGCCCCUGGCCAGAGGCCUUGCUGAGUGGAGCCUCUGUGUGACUCCAUACUCCUCCCACCACAACCCUCAUCUGUCGAACACCAAGCACUCUCAGCCUCCCCGCCUUCCCCUGUCAGCUUUCUGGGGCUAACUUCUCUGCCUUUGUGGUUGGAGGCCUGGGGCCUCUUAGAACUCUUGUUAACCUGUUCAGCGCCUGGAAGGAGACUGCGCAGCUUUGAAAGCACAGCCCGUCAGGUCCGGCUCUGUGUCUCCCUCUCUGCAGCCUGUGUAAGCUACUAUAAUUAAAAUGGUUUUCCGGGAA